AGUACGAAGACGAGCAUAACCAAACACUUUUAUCAAAGCAAUAUGCUCAAGGCGUAAAAUAAUAUCACGUUGAUUUUAUUUUGUUUAUUUUCAUCGUAUCAGUGGAUAAAUUGAGGAAAAUGUCACGACCAGAACAUUUAGCACCACCAGACAUCUUCUACAAUGAUGAUGAAGCUAAGAAAUACUCCAACAACACUCGUAUCAUCAAAAUUCAAGUGGAGAUGUGUGAACGGGCCAUCGAACUGCUGGCAUUGCCAGAAGAUGAACCAUGUAUGAUAUUGGACAUUGGCUGCGGAUCUGGACUGUCGGGCACUGCAAUAGAAGAAGCUGGCCAUCAAUGGAUUGGAAUCGAUAUUUCGCCAGCCAUGUUGAAUGUUGCCGUAGAUCGUGAAGUAGAAGGCGAUUUAGUAAUGGGUGAUAUGGGCCAUGGCAUGCCAUUCAAAGCGGGUACAUUCGAUGGUGCCAUUUCAAUUUCAGCCUUACAAUGGUUGUGCCAUUCAAAUCACAGUGCACACAAUCCACGCAAGCGAUUGUAUAAAUUUUUCAGCACAUUACUCGCAUGUUUGACACGACAAGCACGUUGCGUGUUCCAAUUCUAUCCCGAAAAUAGCGCCGAAAUCGAAAUGAUCACAACACAAGCGAUGAAAGCGGGCUUCUAUGGUGGUUUAGUCGUUGAUUAUCCAAAUUCAACAAAGGCAAAGAAAUAUUUCUUGGUUCUCAUGACCGGUGGCGUCGUUCAAUUGCCAAAAGGAUUGGGCGCUGAGGGACAAGAAGAAGAAACAAAUCGCGUUGCAUACACAAAACGGCGUGAAAUGGCAAAACAGGCCCGAGAAAAACCACUGAAAGGUUCCAAAGAAUGGAUCAUGAAGAAAAAGGAACGAAGACGUCAACAAGGCAAAGAAGUACGGGCAGACUCAAAAUACACAGCUCGAAAACGAAGUGGACGUUUUUAAAAUUUAUUAAAAUGCUAAAUUCUAAGGAAAAAUUUCUUUUUAUAUUAUUUUCUUUUGAAUUUCAUUUUUUUCGAUUUCUUUUUUGUUUCAUUUACUAAUAAUCUUGUAUACAAACAAUUUACAAUAAUAAAUUAUAUCAUAUAUAGAUAUGCGAAUAUCUGAACAAUAAA